AUGACCCCGGACGCGCGCAUCGUUCUCGUCAGCGGCGCCAGCCGCGGGAUCGGCCUGUCCGUCGCCGAGACGCUGCUGGCCGAAGGUUACCGCGUCAGCGCCGGCGCGCGCGACACCGCGGCCACGCAGAGCCGCCUGGGCGAGCAUCCGCGCCUCCUGGUCUGCCGCUACGACGCGCAAGACCCCGACAGCCAGCGCGCCUGGGUGGAGCGCACCGUCGCGACCUGGGGCGGCAUCGACGCGCUGGUCAACAACGCCGGCAUCGCCGAGCCCUUCGCCAUCGAGGACGAGGACGAGGCGGUGCUCGACCGCCUCUUCGCGGUCAACGUCAAGGCACCGCUGCGCCUCACCCGCCUCUGCCUGCCCCAUCUGCGCGCCAGCGGCCGCGGCCGGGUGAUCAACGUCACCAAGAUCGACCGCGAGGCGAUGAUCGACCCGGAAGACCUGGGCCGCAGCGUCGCCUACCUGCUCGCCCUGCCGAACAGCGCGAGCGUCGCCGAGCUGCUGGUCAACUGCCGCCUGGAGGGGCCGCGUCUGCGCUUCCGGCUCGACGGGCGCGCGGUAGAGGGCGCGGCCGGCGACAGCCUGCUGACCGCCAUUCUGCUCAACGGCCGGGUGCUGCGCCGGGCCGAGUUCGGCGGCGGCCAUCGCGCCGGCUUCUGCCUGAUGGGCGCCUGCCAGGACUGCUACGUGCAGCUCGACGACGGCCGCCGACUGCGCGCCUGCCAGACACCGCUGGAAGCCGGCAUGAGCGUGCGCACCACCGCCGGGACACACGCGCCGCGUAUCGUCAUCGUCGGCGCCGGGCCGGCCGGCGUGCGCGCCGCCGAACGCCUGGUCGCCGCCGGCCUCCGCCCCAGCGUGAUCGACGAGGGCCAGGCCGCCGGCGGCCAGAUCUACAAGCAGCCCGCCCCCCACCACGCCGCCGACGGCGCGACGCUCUACGGCAGCGAGGCGGGCAAGGCGGCGGCCUUGCACGCCCGCUUCGCCGCGCUGCGCGGUCGGAUCGACUACCGCGCGAAGACCCUGGUGUGGGACGCCGUGCCCGGCCGGCUGCACCUGCAGGACCUGGCGGCCGGCGGCACCGGCGCGCUGGACUGGAGCCACCUGAUCCUCGCCACCGGCGCCAUGGACCGGGUGAUGCCGCUGCCCGGCUGGACCCUGCCGGGCGUGUUCACCCUGGGCGGCGCCCAGAGCCUGCUGAAGACCCAGGGCUGCCUGAUCGGCCGGCGCACCGGCUUCGUCGGCACCGGCCCGCUGCUCUACUGGGUGGCGGUGCAAUAUGCCCGGGCCGGCGCGGACAUCGCCGCGGUGCUGGACACCACCGGCUUCGGCCGGCAGCUCGCCAAAGGCGUCGGCCUGCUCGGCGCGCCGGAUUUCCUGCGCCGCGGCCUCGCCUUCGUGAGCGAGCUGAAGCGCCGCGGCGUGCCGGUCUACCGCGGGAUCACGGCGCCCGAGGUUCUCGGCGAGCGGGAGGUCGCGGGCCUGUCCUUCCGCCACGGCGGCCAGCGCCUGGAGCUGGCCUGCGACGCCGUCGCGCUGGGCCACGGCCUGCGCUCCGAGAUCGCGCUGGCCGACCUGCUGGACCUGCCCUUCGCCUACCGCCGCGACCAGCAGCAGUGGACGCCCCGGCGCGACGCGGCCGGGCGCACCCCCAUGCCCGGC